AAAUCUUGGAACCACGAGGCAUACUUGUUAUUUCCACUUCGUUUGGAUGGAACACUGCUAGAUAAUACCAAGACAAUGCAAGCCAGGAAGGAAUCCUUUCCUACCUCUGAUGUUCUUCAAAUCUUUCAACAGCUUUGUGCAGGACUCGAGCAUAUGCAUGGUUUAGAUACUCCAUAUGCUCAUAAUGAUGUCAAACCUGGUAAUGUUCUCAUAACACAUAGAAAAGGACAACCGCCUCUUGCCAUACUCAUGGAUUUUGGCAGUGCUCGUCCUGCCAGGAAGCACAUUGGUUCCAGAUCAGAGGCACUCCAGUUGCAGGAAUGGGCAGCUGAACACUGUUCUGCCCCUUUCCGAGCUCCGGAGCUGUGGGAAUGCCCAAGCCAAGGUGAUAUAGACGAGAGGACUGACGUUUGGUCACUAGGAUGCACAUUAUAUGCAAUAAUGUAUGGGGUAUCUCCAUUUGAAUAUGCACUUGAUGAGCCUGAUGGAGACCUCCGAUCAGCUGUUUUAAAUGCUAAAAUCAAAUGGCCAACUGAACGUAAGUCUCAAUAUCCAGACGCUCUUCAUCAGUUUGUAUCGUGGAUGCUUCAGCCCCAGAUUGCUGUGCGGCCCCGGAUAGAUGAUAUUGUUAUUCAUGUUGAUAAGUUGAUUGCAAAGUUCUCUGGUUGA